CGCCAGAUGUCACUGAUGCCUUCCUGUUCGUCAUUUUAUUGACAGGCGCGUUUAUUGCGUCUCUGUCUCUUUUUUGUGCGAUAUCCUAAAGUAAAAAUGUUAAUUUUAUGUAAAAAUUGGCAUCGUUAAUCUUCGCUCGAUGUCGUUUUCUUUCGUAAAUUAAAAAUUUAAUUUAAGUAGAACAAGUGUAUGUAAAGGUUGCCUGCGGGAGUCGAAAUCAGGAUCAAGGUGUUGAACACAAUGGAUGAAUCGUUAUAUUUUAUAUCGCUGUAGAACAAGGUAAUGUCUAUAUUCGUAUAAGACAAAAGGCACGCAGUGGCUUCGUCCUUCGCACAUUAGAGCCAUCAUUUACUAAGUGUUGCAGAGGUGAUUAUCGAAUCUCUAAUGCAAACAGUGCAUGUAAGUAUUGUGCGGUGCGCGGCCGACGCUAUCGUAGAAUAUACAUACCUCACGUUGUAUUCAAGCGACGCCUGUACUAAUUCGUUCUUCCUUGGUGGUGGUUAUUCUUGCUUGCUCCUGUAACAUUUUUCACAUAUUGAUAAAAUGAAUUCUUACUAAUGAAUCCCAGUGUUCACAAUGGCUAAUGUUAAAAAUAGAAUAAAGGCGUCUAAUAAGGCCUCAUCUAAAAGUACUGAUAAAAAUAGUCAAUCACCAACAGGUAUAAAUGAUGGGACAAAUUCUCACAUAGUUAUGAAAAGACCCUCUAAUGAAGAGAACUUGGGAGAAAAAGAAAAAUUGCGGUUAUUUCUUAAGAAUGGUCACCUUCUUAAGGACAAAUUCAAGAAAAAAUCUAAACCAGAGUUAAAACCUCACUUGGAUGUAGUUAAAAGUGGCUUAAUGUCAAAAAGUGGACGAAUAAAAGUCAAAAAGAAAGUGCAUUUAAAGUUUCUUGAUAACAUAUUGAAAAGUGAAUUAAAGAUUCAGGACAAUCAACCAAAAAAGCAGACUGCAAAAGAUAAGACAGUGAAAACUGCAGCAUUAAACAACAAUGAAAGUGGUUCUAGUGACCAAAAUAAAGCUAAAUCUGACAAAGAAAGUAAAGGUGGUGUGAAAAAAAGAAAGAAAAAAUCAUCUGAGCCUGAAAGCCCAACAUCGGUAAAAAAAAAAGAAAGAGAACAGGAGUUAUCAUGGAUGGCAAAACAGUGUCUUACUUACAGCACAACUACAAAGCGGAGAGUUUUCCAAUGUGAUUACUGUAAGAAAUUCUUUAUUAAUAAAACCUCUAUGCGCAGACAUAUCUAUGUACAUCUUAAAGUGGUGCCAUACACCUGUAAAUAUUGCUACAAACGGUUUUAUAUAAAAGAAAAUAUGAUGACUCAUAUGAAGCUCCAGCACUCCAGAGGUAUGAAAGUUGCAAAUCAUUACAUUUGUGCUGUAUGUGAGGAACCUUUUCUGUUGAAAGAGAAGUUUGAUCAGCACAUGAUGAUCCAUGUCAAAAAUGAAGAAUUGCUCAAGUGUAUAUUUUGUAACAAGCAAUUUACACAUCAUGUACUACUGCAUGAGCAUGAAAAAGAACACCUCAUUACUGGCAAGUACAAGUGUACUGUUUGCGAUAUGAGCUAUGACAGCAGAAGCAAUCUAGCCCUUCACAUUAAAGGUCAUUUAAAAAUAAAAGAUUAUGUGUGCCAGCACUGUGGGAAAGAGUUCCUACGAAUUACAUCAUUGAGAAGACAUGUUCAGAUCUGCCAUGCGGGGCUAUUAAUACAGUGUCCAAUUUGUAAGAAGAAACUGAAAGGACAUUUAACAGAGCAUUUACGUACACACGAGAAGAAACGUCCCCAUAAAUGUCCAGAUUGUGGUCAGCGCUUUACACAGUCUACACAGUUAAAUGUACAUCGCAGAUGUCAUACAGGAGACAGGCCGUAUCCUUGCAGGAUUUGUGAUCGUUCAUUCACACAUUCUAAUGCUUUGUUGCUUCAUAUUAGGCGUCAUACGGGGGAAAAACCUUUUAAAUGUGCUAUGUGCCCUCUCUUUUUUUCUCAAUUACCUCAUAUGAAGGCGCACAUGAGAAAUAUUCAUGGUAAGGAUCUGCCAUACAAGUGUGAGAAAUGUUCACAAUUCUUUAAGUUGAAAGCCCAUUUAGCAACACAUGCUAAGACAUGCAUGAUGGAUGGCACGGAGCAGGCGACUGUGGAAGAGGAUGAUUCAACUCAGAAAUAUGAUAUUGAAGUUGAAUCUGUUAUGACUUUAUCAAGAAUGAGAUUCUUGCUGGCUCUUCUCUUCACCAUGAUUGCGAGUAAAGAAAAACUUAAAUAUUUAGGAUUUAACAAGCGCCUAAUUGAUGACCUUCUGAUAGAAUCAUUGGAGGCAAUGGGACACACUCCAUGUAGAAAUGAAUCGUUGUCUCCACUAAAACGUCUACGUAACAAUAUAGACAUAUUACUAAAAGGUACAGUCCCGAGAGAGAAGAUGGAAAAGUUUGAAAAGGAAAAUAAAACAACCGAAGAACUGCUAGAAUUAUUAACCAAUGAAAAGAAAAUAAACUGAAAAGGUUUUUUGUUUUAAUUUGAAAUAUUAUUUUAUUUAGCACUAUUUAUAUUUUACA